AUGAUCGAGACUUAUGUUAUGCGUGGCGUGGACGGCGUCGUGACCCGAAAGUCAGCUGAAGUGCCUAAAUUGAAGGUUAAAGAGGUGUUGGUCAGAAUCACUCAUACCGGACUUUGUGGAACAGAUCUGUUUUACAUACCCUUUGGUUGUGCCUUGGGCCAUGAAGGUAUCGGAAUUGUCGAGGAGGUUGGCAGUGCUGUUACCUUGCACAAUGUUGGCGACCGUGUUGGCGGUGGCUAUCUUCGAUCCAGCUGUGGCAGUUGCACGUACUGCCUUACGGGCCGAGAUAUCUUGUGCCAUUCGCGUGACUGCUACGGCAUGGCAAGCUUUUCCAACGGCACCUUCGGGACUUAUUACGUCGGCACUGAAUCUUAUGUUUAUCCUGUCCCAGAGUCAAUAUCAUCAGAGUUUGCUGCGCCAUUGCAGUGUGCUGGAGCAACGGUAUACUCAGCGUUGAAGACUUACUAUCGACCCGGAUUACGUGUGGGGGUGCUGGGGAUUGGCGGGCUCGGCCAUUUAGCAAUUCAGUUCGCUUCGAAGAUGGGAGCAGAGACUGUCGUUUUCAGUACCAGUCCUUCCAAAGAGGAAGAAGCAAGGGAGUUUGGAGCGUCGGAAUUCGUGGUUUUGGGUCAGGAAGACCAACUCGCCAAGGCCGUGGAUGUGCUGCUGAUCACCGCACACAAAUCUCCAGACUGGAAUAUGUAUACUCAACAGAGUCACACCCCAAGGUCUAAGAAUACUAACUUCCUAACGACGUUAAGUUUCCAACCAUUAUUCUUCAAUUGCUACAACAUCGUGACCAAUCUUGUCGCUUCUCGAGCAACACAUGCCGAAAUGUUGAACUUUGCAGCUGCUCACAAAAUAAAGCCAGUCAUUGAAGAGUUUAAGUUGGACGAGGCUGGCGUGGCCGAUGCGCUUGGCAAACUGAAGGCAGGAAAGCUGAGAUACCGUGCUGUGCUUCAUGUCUAA